AUGAAAAAAAUUUAACUUUUUGUUAUUGUUGCUCUUUCUUGCUUGGCAGCAACUACUUUACUCUUGUUGAAAAAGGACUAAAAUUAUUACUAAACAUAGGAUUUCGCUUACAAUGAAAAGCUAGCUGAAAACUUAUCUGGUUUCUCUCUAGCUUCUUACUGUAGUGCUUCUAAAAUCAUAAAUUGGAACUGUGGUGCUCCUUGUCAAAAAAAUCCAAAAGGUAUUAAAGAUGCUUACUAUAUGCUAAAUACUACUAUGGAUUCUGCUGGUUUUAUGGGAUAUUCUCCUGCUCAUGAUGCCAUCAUAAUUGCUUUUAGAGGAACUAUUCCUUGGUCAAAGAAAAACUGGAUUAGUGAUAUCAACACAAUCAAGAUUAAAUACCCUAGAUGUGACAAUUGCUAUGUCCAUUAAGGAUUUUACAAGGCCUUUUUAGGUUUAUAAACCUAAAUCAUUGCAGAAUUCCCUAAAUUAAAAGCUAAGUAUCCAAACUCUAAAGUUUUUGUUACUGGACAUUCUUUAGGAGCAGCUAUGAGUACUCAUUCCAUGCCAGUUAUUUAUUAACUAAAUGGUAACAAACCCAUAGAUGCCUUCUAUAAUUUUGGCUCUCCAAGAGUAGGUGAUUAAACUUUCCACGAUUGGUUUUCUAAACAGAAUUUCUCCAAAGAAUAUGGUAGAAUCAAUCAUAGAGCUGAUCCAGUACCUCAUUUACCCCCAAAGAGUUCUCCAUUCAAUUUCAUUCAUAUUGAUCAUGAAAUAUUUUAUCAUAGCUUUAGUAGUCCUUAUCUUUUAUGUGCUCAAUCUGAAGACCCAGACUGUGCUGAUGGAGUUCCUAUUCCUAUUGAUAUUCCUGAUCACUUCUCAUAUUUUGGCUAUGACUGGGUAGCUGAAAUGUUUACAUGCUAGUGA